AUGAAAGGCCAGAACCCUCAGACCACCACAACAUUGCAACAGCAAUGCUACCAACACACACCACAACACACAUCACAUCCUCAAUACCUACCACAACAAAACCCACCCCCCCAAACAAACAUCACAUCCUCAACACCCACCAGAAUACAACCCACCUCCACAACAACAACAACACCCACAACAACACAGAAACCCAGUCCAAGACCUCAGAUAUGGCCAACAGAAACCCCCCGACCAGCAAAGACGCAAUCCACCUACACAACAACCAUGACAACACCAACAAAAGAACACAAACCACAGGGACCCCAGACAGCACAAAACCAAGCUACAAACACACGCCCACACCAGCCUCAAACCCCAUGUCCUUCUACUCCACAUCAAUGCCGAAAGGCACCCCUACUUCCCACCCCACCCAAUCAAAUUAAUAACACCCCCCACCCCACUUCGCCCGUGACGGUAGUACCAGUGCUGAAAGUCAGCACAACACCACAGAGCACGCACCAAAGAAAGGCUCCUACCUCUUCACUCAAAAGGAGUUCAGAAGAGAAGUAG